AUGGUCCACAUCUUCUCCAAAUUGGCUCGGCGUUGUUUGGAUAGGAGUAGAGAUGAAACCGGUUACAAACGCCUUGCUGACGACCCGCCUGCUCAAGAGGUCCCGCCUACUCGAGAAGUUCUGCUGUCUGAGAAGGUCGCAGCAAAGGAUGCAGUCAUGAUUGCAUCUGACGGACUUUCCUCGUUGGGGUUUUUUAGGCCUUCUUGUGCCUUUCCUUUUCAUACUGGGGAGAAUUACGGCUCGCACGGUGAUUGUCGACUCCGGUACGGCCAUGCUCUUUGCUUUUUCGAGUUCGACAGGAAUGUCUUUGUUAAGUACAUUCUCUGGGAGUUUACUCUCCGACAGCUCAAGCAAAAGCGGACACGGAUGUUACAACGCAUAGACAGUUUACGCCCACUCCCUGGAGUUGACGAUACGGAUGAGGAGGGAGGCGUUUGUGACCUUCAGAAAGUUGAAAUCGAUUAUAGUGAGACAUCCCCCCUACUCUUCGAACCAUCAGACCUAUAUGACCAAGCGGAAUCAAACGGAAAUUCUGCACCCCAAAGGAUUCUCCCUUCACAUGUUAUUCAGUCAAAGGAAAAGGAUGUCAUGAGUUUGGAGAAGAGAGUCGUCCAUGCCGCAAAAGAUAUCCACUGGCUGUCUUGCAGGCUGGACGAGAUGGAGAUGCGGCUUCCAACACUAGUCAAGUUAAAUCUCAUAUCCAUUCGAAACGAUCCGAUGUGGUAUAUGAAGGAGAGUUUGGUGAAGGACUGCGCGGAUCGUGGUGGAUGCUGCGGCCGCAAUUGCGGCUGUUGUGAGUUGCGCGCCAGGCAUACCUACGAAACGGGUAUUGGCCAUUGCACAGUUGAAUGUUCUUGCUGCUUUGAGUUUCGGGGCUUCGCGCCAUCUUCACAGGAAGCGGUGCAGACGAUUCGGGACAUGGACAUGUCUCUGAAGCACCCUGACGCGGCGUAUCUCGUGAGACUGGCAAAUGGGUUCUUCUGCAUGACGUGUUAG